GCCAAACCCUCUUUCAUUCGGAUAAGAAGAAACAGGAUAUACUUCCAGGAGAGUUUUUGGAAGUGCUGGUUGUUGUUGAGCGGUUGGAUCGAAAUCAUUAAACCUGCACAAUCUGUGUGUUGUUUUAGUUUGGUUACGGUCUUUCAUACGGGUUAUUUAGUCUUCUACAAUGGCGACCGCGGCUGCAACUCCGACCGGGCAGAGAAGCACGUGCGGCAGCGGCACUCUGCUGAGCCCGACCAGGAUAAGCAGACUGCAGGAGAAACAGCAGCUCCGGGACCUCAACGACCGCCUGGCCGUUUACAUCGACAAAGUCCGCAAUUUGGAGUCUGAAAACGAUGUACUCCAUUUGCAAAUAAACGAGGGGGAAGACUUGAGGAGUCGCGAGGUAACCGGACUAAAAGCCCUGUACGAGACCGAGCUAGCCGACGCCAGAAGGUGUUUGGAUGACUCCUCCAAGGAGCGGGCCUGGCUGCAGAUUGAGCUGGGAAAGAUCAAAUCCGACCAUGACCAGCUUCUACAGAACUACAACAAGAGGGACUCUGAGGCAGCAGGAGCCCAGGCCCGGCUGAGGGACUUGGAGGCUCAGAUGAACUCUAAAGAUGCCAUGCUGGCUACAGCACUGUCUGAGAAUAGAGGCCUGGGGGCCACACUGGCCGACCUGCGGGACCAGCUGCAGGAGCUGGAUGCAGGUCUCACUCAGACCAAGAAGCACCUUGCAGAUGAGAUGCUGAUGCGUGUCGAUUUGGAAAACCGCUGCCAGAGUCUGACCGAGGAUAUCAUCUUCCGUAAGAGCAUGCAAGAAGAGGAAGUGAAGGAGGCCCGGCAGCGCUACGAGACCCGCCUGGUGGAGGUGGACUCUGGACGGAAGGAGGAGUAUGACUAUAAACUGACUCAGGCCCUGGUUGACAUGAGGGCCCAGAAUGAUGAGCAGAUCAAGCUGUACAAGGACAACAUGGAGAGCACCCAUGUGACCAAACUGGAGGACCUGCAUCGGCUGUCUGAGAUGAACGGAGCCUCGGCCAGCAUGGCCCGAGAGGAGCUCAGAGAGUCCAGCUUGAGGAUCGAGAGCCUCUCCGCCCAGCUGGCAGGAAUGCAGAAGGAGACUCGUGGUUGGCGUGAUCGUAUCGUGGAGCUGGAGGCUGCGUUGGCUCAGGAGAAAGACAAGAGCCGCAAGAUGCUGUCAGACAGAGACCGCGAGGUGGCUGAGAUCCAGGCCAAGAUGCAGCAACAGCUGAAUGACUACGAACAGCUGCUGGAUGUUAAACUGGCACUGGACAUGGAGAUCAACGCCUACCGCAAACUUCUGGAGGGAGAAGAAGAAAGACUGAAGCUGUCUCCCAGUCCUUCAACUCGUGUCACGGUGUCUCGAGCCUCGUCCAGCAGUCGCAGCGUGCACACCUCUCAGGGAAAGAGGAAGCGCGUUGACGUGGAGGAACAGGAAGCAAGCAGCUCGGUGUCCAUCGCUCACUCGGCUUCGGCCACGGGGCCCAUCUCCAUCGACGAGAUCGACACAGACGGCAAGUUCAUCUGCCUCCACAACAGCGGAGAUGAGGAUCAGGCGAUGGUCGGUUAUGAGAUGAUUAAGACUAUUGAACACGCUUCGGCCACCUUCAAGUUCACACCCAAAUAUGUCCUGAAGACGGGCCAGAAAGUCACGGUUUGGGCGUCUGAUGCUGGUGUGAGCUCCAAAGCUCCCACAGACAUCGUGUGGAAAAACCAGUCCUCCUGGGGUUCAGGGCUGGACGUGCAUGUGGUGUUGAUCGACCCUGAGGGAGAGGAAGUGGCAAAGAGAACCACAACAUAUAAGACUUCAGUAGAAGAGCAGAGUGAGGAAGAGGAUAAUGAAGUGGAGGCCAUUGAGGAAGACUUCUUCCACCAACAGGGUGACCCUCGCACUGCAAAGAGAGGCUGCUCCAUCAUGUGAUCCACUGCACCUCCUCCUCUGAGCCCAGCCAGUUUGCUGCCAACUGUAAAACUACAACUAUUUUUCUAUCUUUUGUAGUGUAUUUCAAUUAAAGAAAAUUUUAUUUCUCUUAAAAAUGGUUAACUGCUUUUGGUAGAUGUAUUUGCAUCUGAAAAAGCCAUAACAUGGUUGUUGAACAAAAUUUGUAUUUGUAGUUCAGAACCUUUUUUUUUUUUUUUAUAUAAACCCAUGCUAAAGUAGCUAAACUUAAGAAAACGAGUGUCGUGCUAUGAUUUUAAAAUGGAUUAAACAUUUAGUUAUUUUCUUUUAUAUUUGGUCUUAUUGAUGCUAUAUUUUACGCUACAAGAACAGGAUGUCGGGCUUAGAUCAGUCGUUUACUUUGCUCACAAAUCUACUGUAUUAAUUUUGAAAAGAAUAAGCACUGAAAGAACAAGUACACUAAGAGCUCCACAGUAACAGGUGUUGAUGUGAUAGGACCCCCCCCCCCCCCCUUCAUUCUGGACCUUGACUGGACAAAAUGUCAGAAUUUCACAAUAUAGAAACCUCAGUUUAGUGGCAUUCUUUUAGUAUCUGUAGAAAGACUUACUGUGAUUGUUUGAUUGUAUUCAUAAGGAAGUCUGGACAGUUGAAGUUUAUUAGCAGUUGAAGUUUAUUAGCAGUCGUUGAGUUACCUUAAAGUCUCUGUUUAUGGUUUGAAAGUGUGGAUAUAGUGACUCCUUGUGGUAGUAUGGCUGACCUGGGGACAUAAAAUAAACUAAGAGCAAUAGCCUGCACUAAUUCUCAGCAGGAAGUCUCUUUUUGUUUCUACAAAUAAGAACUUGUUCCAUCAGAAUAAUUUUAAAGGAGUUGUAAUUAUUCUACUCACAGGGGCUGUAAUAAUGUGACUCAUCGCUGACUUUGAAUAAGCAUUGAGAAGUGUUGAUUGUAUUCUUAACUUUUGAUAUUUAAAGUGUUUGAAGUACUUUGUGUUUGUUUGUUUGUUUGUUUGUUACUAUGCAUGCUAUGGCUGUAAUCAUCAUAGUUGAAUUAUUAAAUAAGUUAUCUUGUA